GGCAGGAGCUGACCACAGCAUGAGGUGGAUUCUAAUUUGGAUUCCUGUCCUCUGUUUGGUGGUACACACAGCCUCAGGUGCUGUGCAUGGCCAGGAGCCUCUGGUGGUCACUAAAUAUGGAAGCCUCCAAGGAAAGCAGGUGCACGUAGGGAAGACUCCCCUCCAUGUCUUCCUUGGAAUCCCCUUCUCCAAACCUCCUGUGGGUGACCUCAGAUUUGCUCCGCCUAAGCCCCCAGAGCCCUGGAAAGGAGUCAGACGUGCCACCACCUACCCCCCUGCGUGCCUUCAGGAGUCCUGGGGGCAGAUAGCGUCCAUGUACUUCAACACGCGGAAACGGUACAGCUGGCUGCGCUUCAGCGAAGACUGCCUGUACCUGAACGUGUACGCGCCGGUGCGCGCGCCUGGGGAUCCUCUGCUGCCGGUGAUGGUCUGGUUCCCGGGAGGCGCCUUCCUCGUAGGCGCCGCUUCCACCUAUGAAGGCUCUGAGCUCGCCGCGCGCGAAAGAGUGGUGCUGGUAUUUCUGCAGUACAGGCUCGGCAUCCUGGGCUUCCUGAGCACUGGCGACAGCCAGGCCCGCGGGAACUGGGCGUUGCUGGACCAAGUGGCGGCUCUGCACUGGGUGCAGGAAAACAUCGAAGCCUUUGGAGGAGACCCAGAAAGCGUGACCCUGUUUGGCCAGUCCGCGGGGGCUAUGUGCAUCUCAGGACUGAUGGUGUCACCCCUAGCCCAGGGUUUCUUCCAUAGGGCCAUUUCCCAGAGUGGCACUGCAGUAUUUAAAACCUUCAUCACUCGUGACCCAUUGAAGGUGGCCAAGAAGGUUGCUUUCCUGGCAGGCUGCAGCCACAGUGACACAAAGAUCAUGGUAAACUGUCUGAGGGCUCUGUCAGGGGCUCAGGUGAUGCGGGUGUCCAAGAAAAUGAAAUUGCUUCACAACAACUUCCAGAAAGAACCUCAAGAGAUAACAUGGUUCCUGAGCCCUGUAGUGGACGGUGUGGUGUUCCCAGAUGACCCUGUGGUGCUCCUGAUGCGGGGGCACAUUUUGCCUAUGCCCUACCUUCUAGGUGUCAACAGCCAGGAGUUCAAUUGGCUCUUGCCAUAUAUCAUGAAGAUCCCACUUGGCCCACACUUAAUGAGAAAACAAAACCUCGCCAAGCUCCUCUGGAGCACCAGCACCCUGUUGAAUAUCACCAAGGAGCAGAUACCACUUGUGGUCGACGAGUACCUGAGAGACAUCCAAAAGUAUGAUUGGAAGAUAGUCCGAAACCAUUUGAUUGACCUAGCUGGAGAUGCCACCUUUGUGUAUGCCACAUUGCAAGCUGCCCGCUACCACCGGGAUGCUGGUUUCCAAGUCUACCUGUAUGAGUUUCAGCAUCACGCUCGCUCAGGCAUAAUUAUCAAACCUCGAACUGACGGGGCAGACCAUGGGGAUGAGACUGGCUUCAUCUUUGGGAAACCCUUCUCCAAAGGCCUGUCCACAGCUAAGGAAAAGGCACUCAGCCUCCAGAUGAUGAAAUACUGGGCCAAUUUUGCCCGCACAGGGAACCCCAAUGAUGGAAAGCUGCCCUAUUGGCCACGCUUCAACAAGGAUGAAAAGUACUUGCAGCUGGAUUUUAUCAUAAGAGUGGGUGCGAAACUCAAGGAGAAGAAGAUGGCCUUCUGGAGGAGUCUGCACCAGCCUCAGAUACCCAAAAAGCAGAAAUAGUUCCGAUUUGGAGAAUGGUGAUGGGGGAGGGUUUAUCUACCGCCCAGACCUGGGGGAAGCUGGCCAUGGAUACAUCCAGAGUGGAGAGUCCUGCCUGCUCAAUCUAGGAUAUGCAGAAGGUCCUGACUAUUUCUAGGCCAGAGCUAGAGCCUUCUAGCUGGGGUCCCUGCACCGCCUUGUCCAGCCUCACAUCCCCUGACACCCACAUAUCUCAUGGUCUACAUCAGUUUAGGCCAAGCUCAUAAAUUGCUACACUGUACCUAACACCCACAGUCUCAGAACAGCCCUUCUCUCCCUUCUCCAAGUCCUCCUGCCCUUUAAGAUUUACUUGCAGCUUCUUAUGGGAAGUCCACAGAGCCUGCCACUGCCUGCCCACUGUUCCCAGAUUAUCAUUUAUCAUCCACCCUACUCACCCUCAUACCUGUUCAGCCAGAUUAUGUGUGACACACAGCAAGGGUCUGGUAGCUUGGGCUCUUCUCCACAGCCCCUUAAAGCCUACACACAUAGUGGUGCAUAUAGUUUUCAAUAAAGACAUGU